CCUGGACUCUGAGUACAGGAAAAAUUCAGGCCUUGGUCCAGACCCAGCUCGAUUCCUACUGCAUUGCCUUUAUAUAUACACGUGCAAUUUCUCUUAUGUGUAUUUUUGAUUUGUAUGAUGCUCAUUUAUAUAAAGAAAAUAAAAGUUAUGGUCUCUCAAUUAAAAUUUUGUUAAAUUUUUUAUUGAAAAAAAUUUAAAUAUUUUAGAGUAAUUUUAAUUAAAAUAUAAUUUUUAAAUUUUAAAUUUAGAUAAAAAAUGUUUGAAAAAGAUGCUAUAAGGGAUUCGUUUAAUGAACUUAUUCAGUUUCUUCAUGACAAGGAAUUUGACAAAGCUGAACGUUUAUUAGCAGAACAACCCAAUUUGCGUCAAUAUUCAGAUUCAACUGGACGUAAACCUUUUCAUUAUGCAGCAAUUUCUGGUUAUUAUGAAUUUGUUAAAACUGAAAUUGAAAAGAAUCCUUCGAUGGUUUAUGUAGUAGAUGAUGAUAAUUGGACUAUUUUAAUGAUGGCAGCUUCUGCUGGACAAUUAGAAAUUGUUCGUCUUUUAUUGAGUUAUUCAAAGAAGGAUGAUUUUUUGAAGAGUUUCCCAUUGCGGCAUAUUAAUCAAAAAAACAGUUCUGGUCUGUCAGCUUUACAUUAUGCCUGUUCUAAAGAUCAUUUACAAAUUGUGCAAGAAUUGCUUGAAAAAGGUGCUGAUAUAAAUGCUCAAGAUGAUAGAGGAGCAACACCUUUACAUCGUGCUGCAAGUAAAGGAAAUAAAAGAAUCGUCAAUUUCUUGUUAAAUUAUAAAAAUCAAAUUCAAGUUAAUUUGGUUAAUCGAGAAGGAGAUACUCCAUUACAUUUGGCUUGUGAAGAUGGACAAUUUGAAGUUGCUAUUUUACUUGCAAAUUAUGGGGCAAAUAUAAACAAAAUGAAUAGAGAAGAAAAAACUCCUUUGGAUUUGGUUAAGGAUGCUCAAGUGAAACAAAAAUUAAUUGAAGCGGCGAGAUCGAGUGGAUCUUGA